AUGGAGGAAGAAUACAAGUUCAACAUCGAGAAGGUGUCGCCGAUAUGGCUUAUCACGGCACUUUGCGUUGUGCCGUUUGGCUUGUAUCAGUUGCUCAACUUCCUUAGUCCGUUGAUACAUCGGUUGACGGCUAUGAAGAUCUCGGCGAUGUAUAUAUACCCCAUCAAAUCGCUACGAGCGGUUAAAGUUACGGAAGCCAUCGCUACGGCUCAUGGAUUCAAGCACGACCGUUCCUUCAUGAUCCUCCAAGAAACCCCAGACGGCUACAAAAACAUGGCUGUAGCAAAAUAUCCCGAAAUGACGCAAUUCCUCCAAUCUAUAUCCAACGACACCAUCACCGUCAAAUACAUUGCUUAUGGAGACGCCUCAAAAGCGACAUCAAUCGACAUCCCUCUGGAGCCUGACACAGAAAAGCUAGAACCCAUCGAUAUAAACAUGCACUCUGCCCCGACAACCGCCUUCCGCAUGCCUGCCAAAUACUCAGAAUGGUUCACAUCUUGUUUCGGGUACGCCGUCCAGCUCGUCUACCUCGGCACCGACAACUUCCGCCCCGUACAGUUCCAAGACAUGCAGCCGCUGGAACCAGACCCUUUGACCCGUUUCCUAUCCAAGCACGUACCUUUUUCCAAGGGAUACGUGGAAAAAGCAAUGGGCUUGCAUAAAUCCGGGACGGAAAGCUGGAAAAUCACUUUUGCGGAUUGCGCACCGUAUCUCUUUUGUUCGCAGACGAGCCUCGAGGAUGUGUCGAGCAGACUUCCCGAGGGCAUGGACAUGGAUAUCGAGAAAUUCAGACCGAAUGUUGUGGUUAGCGGGGCGUUUGAUCCGUAUCAAGAGGAUUACUGGGGUAAGCUUACGAUUAAUGGGAAAACGGAGGUUAUCCUUCCGCAUAAUUGUGUGAGGUGUAAGAGUAUCAAUAUCGACCACAAGACGGGUAAACAGGGGGAAGGACCGGCGGGUGAGGUGUUGAAGAGGUUGCAGAAAGACCGAAGGGUUGAUAUUGGGGCGAAAUGGAGUCCGGUGUUUGGGAGGUACGGGUUUUGGGGGAGUAAUGGGAAGAAGAGGGAGGAGGUGUGGAGGGUGGGAGAUAGGGUUAAUGUGGCGAAGGUUAAUGAGGGGUUGACCGUUUGGAGUUGGCCGGGUGUUGGGUAG